AGAAGUGAAAUGGCGAGCAGCUUGAGUGAAAGAGAGAGAUAAGAGUCCGGAGAUUAGAAGAAGAAGAAGAAGAAGAUACGUAGGAAACAAAACGUUUGUCAAUCCCUCAUAUUUGCAGUAUCCCUUGUAAUCGAUAGCUUUACAAUUCUUGUUUUUCCUAUCUAUAUUUACUUCCCAUUAGAAAAAAAAUCCGAUUUUUUCUUGCUAAUAAUUAGAAGAAAUCUAUAAUAUUCUUGAUUUUGUUCAUGGAGUUUCCGAUGGGGAAAUGUAUAUGUAUAUUCAUGUGUGUAUUAGCGGCAUCAGCUACGUCGUUUCGAUUAGUGUCUUCGUCAUCGACUUGUGAACGUGAUUCCACAGAAUUUCUUCACGAUCUGAAUUCUCAGUGCCCCUUAUCGAUCCAUUGCUCCUCGCCCCCAAUUCAGGUGAAUGAAGAAUCCCUUGAAAAUGCUAUGAGCUUCAUUCAAGACAAUGAAUAUACUGCGGUUCUUUUUUAUGCUUCCUGGUGUCCUUUCUCAAGCAUCUUCAAGUCUAGGUUUUCUACCCUUAGUUCCAUGUAUCCACAGAUCAAACAUAUAAUGGUCGACCAAACCUCAGUCUUGCCCAGUGUCUUCUCAAGAUAUGGGAUUCACAGUGUACCGUCACUACUGAUUGUGAAUAAAACUACUAGAGUGAGAUAUCAUGGUCGAAAAGAUCUCCAUUCUAUUGUAAACUUCUACAAGAAAACUACAGGUCUGGAUCCUGUAGUGGAUAUGGUAGAAGACACAACAUGCAAUAUAGAGAGCGAGAAGCGAGUAUUUGGGGAUUGGAAAGGAGCAUCAUUGAAAGAGAUUUUCUUAAGGGAACCUUAUCUACUAGUCUCUGUUGUAUUCGUCAUGUCAAGGGCUUUUCUAUAUCUCUUCCCAGAGAUCGCAUCUCAUAUAAUGUCGAUUUGGUUGGCAUACAUUCCUCAUCUGAAUAUGGGGAUCUUCGGAGAGUCAAGGCAGCUUAUAGGUCGAGCACUGCAUCUGAUUGAUGUAAAGAGAAUUUGGAGCAAGCUAAAGGUGUGCAAGACUAGGAACUUCCACAGGGGAGCCAGGAAUGCUCGGGUUUGGGCGUCGUCCUUGGCCUCUGUUUCAUUGGGCGAGACAUCAUCAUCUAGAGCAUUAUCUUCCAAGGACUUAUGAACCAUUUUUGUACCAUUUGUUGCCACUGGGGUUUUCCCUUUUACUGAUGUAAUCGUUAGUCUUUGCAGUCACUCUGGUCUGCCUUGAGAAAUAUGUUAUUUGAAGACUUGAGAUUUCUGACUCUAGUGAGAGAAAAGCAUGUAAAUUCUUAGACAUAUUCCUUUGGUUGUAAAAUAUACAAGUUGAUGAGAACAAGUCCAAAUCAGCGUAAUGUGUUUCCUCUA